CCUUCUCAUAUGAGGGCAUGAAUGAAGCUGAAGGACUCAUUCCUUGCUUCUCAUAGUCAACAGAGGAAGAGCUCAGGUUGGCUUGAAAGCAGGAAGAGAUUGCCUGUCUUCCAGCCAAAUCCAGCCUCCAAAAUGAUCCAGGUUCUCUUGGUAACUGUAUGCUUAGCAGUUUUUCCUUAUCAAGGGAGCUCUAUAAUCCUGGGAUCUGGGAACGUUAAUGAUUAUGAAGUAGUGUAUCCACGAAAAGUCACUGCAUUGCCCAAAGGAGCAGUUCAGCCAAAGUAUGAAGACACCAUGCAAUAUGAAUUUAAAGUGAAUGGAGAGCCAGUGGUCCUUCACCUGGAAAAAAAUAAAGGACUUUUUUCAAAAGAUUACAGCGAGACUCAUUAUUCCCCUGAUGGCAGAGAAAUUACAACAUACCCCUCGGUUGAGGAUCACUGCUAUUAUCAUGGACGCAUCCACAAUGAUGCUGACUCAACUGCAAGCAUCAGUGCAUGCAAUGGUUUGAAAGGACAUUUCAAGCUUCAAGGGGAGAUGUACCUUAUUGAACCCUUGAAGCUUCCUGACAGUGAAGCCCAUGCAGUCUACAAAUAUGAAAAUGUAGAAAAAGAGGAUGAGGCCCCCAAAAUGUGUGGGGUAACCGAGACUAAUUGGGAAUCAGAUGAGCCCAUCAAAAAGGCCUCUAAGUUAGUUGUUACUGCUGAACAACAAAGUUACUUGAACCACUUCAGAUUCAUUGAGCUUGUCAUAGUUGCGGACUACAGAAUGUUCACGAAAUUCAACAGAAAUUUAACUGAAGUAAAAACAUGGGGAUAUGAAAUUGUCAACACUUUAAAUGAGAUUUACAGAUAUUUGUACAUUCGUGUAGCACUUGUUGCCCUAGAAGUUUGGUCCAACGGAGAUUUGAGUAACGUCACAUUAUCAGCAGAUGAUACUUUGGACUCAUUUGGAGAAUGGAGAAAAAGAGAUUUGCUGAAGCGCAAAAGACAUGAUAAUGCUCAGUUACUCACGGCCAUUGACUUCAAUGGAACAACUAUAGGAUUGGCUUACGUGGGCACCAUGUGCUACACAAAGUAUUCUACCGGAAUUGUUCAGGAUUAUAGCUCAAUAAAUCUUGUGGUUGCAGUUAUAAUGGCCCAUGAGAUGGGUCAUAAUCUGGGCAUUCAUCAUGAUGGAAAUUCCUGUACUUGUGGUGGUUUCUCAUGUAUUAUGGCUGACCAGCUAAGCUAUCAACCUUCCAAAUAUUUCAGCAAUUGUAGUCAUAUCCAAUUUUGGAAUUAUAUUAAUAAUCGUAAACCACAAUGCAUUCUCAAUGAACCCUUGAGAACAGAUAUUGUUUCACCUCCAGUUUGUGGAAAUGAACUUUUGGAGGUGGGAGAAGAAUGUGACUGUGGCUCUCCUGCAACUUGUCGAUAUCCGUGCUGUGAUGCUGCAACGUGUAAACUACACUCAUGGGUAGAGUGUGAAUCUGGAGAGUGUUGUGAGCAAUGCAGAUUUAGGACAGCAGGAACAGAAUGCCGGUCAAGAAGGAGUGAGUGUGACAUUGCUGAAAGCUGCACUGGCCAUUCUGAUGAAUGUCCCACAGAUCGCUUCCAUAGGAAUGGACAACCAUGCCUAAACAACUUCGGUUACUGCUACAAUGGCAAUUGCCCCAUCAUGUAUCACCAAUGUUAUGCUCUCUUGGGGCAAAAUGCAACUGAGGCUCAAGAUUCAUGUUUUGAGGAUAACCGUUUUGGCAAUGAUUAUGGCUAUUGCAGAAAGGAAAACGGUAGAAAGAUUCCAUGUGCACCACAAGAUGUAAAAUGUGGCAGGUUAUACUGCUCAUAUAAUUCACUUGGAAACCAGAUUCCUUGUGUUCCCUACUAUAUAUCCAGAGACGAAAGUAUUGGGAUGGUUGAUACUGGAACAAAAUGUGCAGAUGGAAAGGUCUGCAGCAACAGGCAGUGUGUUGAUGUGAAUAUAGCCUACUAAUCAACCUCUGGCUUCUCUCAGAUUUUAUUUUGGAGAUCCUUCUUCCAAAAGGUUUCACUUCCCUCAAGUCCAAAAACCCAUCUGCCUGCAUCCUACUAGUAAAUCACUCUUAGCUUUCAUAUGGAAUCUAAAUUAUGCAAUAUUUCUUUUCCAUAUUUAAUCUGUUUACCUCUUGCUGUAAUCAAACCUUUUUUCCGCCACAAAGUUCCAUGGGCAUGUACAACACCAAGAGCUUAUUUGCUGUCAAGAAAAAAAAUGGCCAUUUUACCGUUUCCCAAUUCCAGAGCACAUUUAAUGCAACAAGUUCUGCCUUUUGAGCUGGUGUAUUCGAAGUCAAUGCUUCCUCUCCCAAAA